AUUCACUGGAGGUCCAUACGGUAUACGGUGAAUACGACAGAGUGCGAGUAGUAAUUAGACUGACUUCAGAAAGUGACGCUCCCCCACCUGUACACGUCACAUAAUGGACAUCUAUGGGCCCGUCUCUCCGUCAAAGACUGGAGACUUGACGGAAAAGCAAAUAUCUAGGCUUAAAGAGACGUUCACACUUUUUGAUAAGGACGGUGAUGGCGCCAUCACAGUAGGAGAAUUGAAAACAAUCUUGAGAACCACAGGUCCUCUGAUCACAGAAGCGGAACUGAAUAACAUUAUUGAAAACCGGAAAGAUGUUGCAUUUCCUAAAUCGGACACAGUUCAGUUUGUCGAAUUCCUCACCAUAAUGGCAACUCGAAUGACGGACCGCGAAUACAGCGAUAAAGAAAUUGUCAAAUCAUUCCGAGUGUUUAGAAAACUCGAAUCAAAAUAUAUAAAGACUUCGGAAAUAAAGCACGUAUUAACGACAGUUGGUGAAACAUUGUCACACGAAGAAAUUGAUGAACUGAUCAAAGAUUUGGACAAGGACAACGAAGGGGUCAUUAAAUAUGAAGACUUUGUCAGUGCUCUUACUUGAACUCCAACAGCGUCUAUAUGCGGCUGUUAUCUUCCAAGAUUCAAGGAAUAUAUGCAAGUGAAUUUGAAUUUUGAAAUAAUAAAUUCUUUAUUGUAAAUGCGAACAAAUUUUAACGUAACAAUAUUAUGAAUUUAUAUUCUCUUGUAUUUGACGAAAAAUGUUUUCUGGAUGAGUGAUAUAUUCAAGCAACUUGAAAAAUGUAUUCAAAUAAUCUACAUCACUUUCUGCCCAGUGUUGCAUUGGCAGGAGUUCGGCUGCAUUGAAACACAUUUUUGCAUGCACAUUGCUUUUUCAAUCCAAACUCUUCCACACAUUUCACUUAUACGUUGACUUUCUAACGAUAGGCUCAGUAAGAGUUGUACAAUAAAAGAAACUGCGUUAUAAUAUAUCACACAUAC